UCAUAUUCGAUAAAAAAAAACUAAACAAAAGUCGAGCAGAACGUAAAUAACGCAUGGUUAUGUAUUCAUUGCAAAUAUAAUGUCAUAGUGAACAUAAAUAAUAUCAUGACAAUAUUUUCACUGCAUUUAAAACGAUUUAAAAUAAUUCAAAGUUAUGUUCAAUAUUCAAGUAUAGCAAAAAAUUUAUCAGACCCGGCAAAGUGGAGACGAAUGAAAGAUUACACAGACUCAGCCAUGCCACGAACUCGAGCAGAUCCUGUCAUAACCAAACUAGACACUCCAGAAUUCCGUUCAAUAUUCACACCAGAGCUGGACACCCUGGUGUCGCUGUUCAAAAAACACAAUUAUGAAAUAAGAAUCGCUGGAGGUGCUGUUAGAGACAUACUGAUGGGAAUAACUCCCAAGGACUUGGACUUUGCCAGCACCGCGACUCCAGAUCAGAUGAAGCAGCUCUUCACCGACGAGGGGAUCAGAAUGCUGAACACCAAAGGCGAGAAGCAUGGCACCAUAACAGCCAGAAUAAACGACGCGGAAAAUUUCGAAAUAACAACUCUAAGAAUUGACGUGGUGACCGACGGUCGUCAUGCGGACAUCGAGUUCACGACGGACUGGAAGCUGGACGCCAGUCGAAGAGAUCUCACCAUAAAUUCCAUGUACCUCGACUUGGACGGCCGCGUGUUUGACUUUUUCUUCGGCUACGAGGAUCUGAAGAACAGGAGGAUCGCUUUCGUCGGCGACCCCGCCACCAGGAUCCAAGAAGACUUCCUGAGGAUUCUCCGGUACUUCAGGUUCUACGGCAGGAUAGCAGAGCAUCCGGACAGCCACGACGAGGCGACCAUCAAAGCCAUCACGGACAAUGUCGAAGGUCUCUCAAGGAUUUCCGGCGAGCGGAUCUGGAGCGAGUGGAGCAAAAUUCUCGAGGGUAAUUUCGGGGUAGAGCUCACUACCAAGAUGAUGGAGUGUAAUAUGGCCAAAUACAUCGGCCUGCCGGAAAAUCCUGACAUGGAAAACUUCAAACAUAUCAGCGAGCGUGCUCGAUCUAAUGGGCAUAAGCUCCAGCCCAUCACUAUGGUAUCCGCGAUGCUGAAAGACACCGAUCAGGCUCUGAAACUCCACGAGAGAUUGAAGCUCUCUGCCUACAACCGAGACAUGGCUGCUUUCAUAACGACACACCGGGAUAAAGAACUCACUCCCUAUCCAUUGUAUCCAUUCCAGUGUCUACUGCUGAGCUCGCCAAAGGGCAUUGUCACGCGGGAAUAUAUUAACGAAGUUAUGAAGUAUAGAGGCGCGUUCGAGCUGCUGAAAUCCUUCGAAGAAUGGAACCCACCAAAGUUUCCAGUCAACGGGAAUGAUUUAAAGCCACAUGUGCCCCAUCCCAAGCUGAUGGCGCACACGAUAAACGCUCUCCGAGAAUCCUGGCUAUUGGACGGCUGCAAGACUUCGAAGGACGAGCUGAUAAAACGGGUGCCGGACAUCGUCGUCAGCCUGGAAGAGAAGUACAAGGCAUUGCUAGAAAAAGUUCCAGUUAAACAAAAUAAAACAAAUGUAAAAAAACGUAAUAAAUAAAUAAAUUUUAUUUUAUUUAAA